AUGCCUAUGCUCAAGGAUCCCUCCAAGAAAUACAGGUCUUUCCCAGCAGUCAACCUGCCAGACCGACAAUGGCCCUCCAAGGUCCUGAACAAGGCCCCCAGGUGGCUGGCAACUGAUCUCAGGGACGGGAACCAAAGUCUGGUUGACCCAAUGAACGGCGAUGAGAAGUGGGACUACUUCAAGAUGCUCUGCGACCUGGGUUACAAGGAGAUCGAGGUCUCCUUUCCCUCCGCAUCGCAAACCGACUUCGACUUCACCCGCCGCCUGAUCGAGACGCCCGGCGCCGUGCCCGAUGACGUCUACCUGCAGGUCCUCUCUCCCUGCCGCGAGGACCUCAUCCGCAGGACAGUCGAGUCCCUCAAGGGCUCCAAGAAGGCCAUAGUACAUAUCUACCUCGCCACGAGCGAGUGCUUCCGACGCAUAAUCUUCGGCUUCACCGAGGAGGAGAGCGUAGAGCUGGCCAAGAAGUGCACCCGCCUGGUCCGCCAGCUGACCAAGGACGAUCCUUCACAACAGGGCACCGACUGGGCGUUCGAAUUCAGCCCCGAGACGUUCAGCGAUACUGGCUUGGAUUUCGCGGUCAAGAUCUGUGAGGCGGUCAAGAGCGAGUGGGAGCCUACCGAAAAGAAUCCCAUCAUCUUCAACUUGCCUGCGACGGUGGAGAUGUCCACGCCCAACGUCUACGCCGACCAGAUCGAGUACUUUUGCAAGAAAAUCACGGAGCGCGAGAAGGUCUGCGUGUCUCUUCACCCUCACAAUGACCGCGGCUGUGCGGUCGCCGCAGCAGAGCUGGCGCAGAUGGCUGGGGCAGACCGGGUGGAAGGCUGCCUCUUUGGAAACGGAGAGCGCACCGGCAACGUGGACCUGGUGACCCUGGCUCUGAAUCUCUACACGCAAGGAGUAAACCCGCAGGUUGACUUCUCCGACCUGCAAGAAGUCAUCCGGACGGUGGAGGUGUGCAACAAGAUCCCCAUACACCCUCGCGCUCCAUAUGGCGGUUCCUUGGUCGUUUGCGCUUUCAGCGGCUCGCACCAGGACGCCAUCAAGAAGGGCUUCCAAGCCCGGGACCAAGCCGGCGCUCAGUACGACGACUACUGGCAGGUCCCUUAUCUGCCCUUGGAUCCCAAGGAUAUUGGCCGCGACUACCAAGCCGUCAUCCGUGUCAACUCCCAGAGUGGAAAGGGCGGUGCCGCGUGGAUUAUCCAACAACACCUGCAUCUCGACCUGCCCCGUGGCCUGCAGGUCGACUUCAGCCGGGUUGUGCAAAAGGCGGCCGAGGAGCGCAGCCGCGAACUCCUGCCGGUGGAGAUCACGGAGCUGUUCGAGAAGACAUACUUCCUGCGCGACAACCCGCGCUUCACGAUUGUGGACUACAGCAUCUCUCCCGACCGGUCGCGCAGCCCCGCGCCGCCCGAGCCGGGCAAGACGCCCGACACCAUGUCCCUGCCCCGUCUGUUCGAGGGUGUCCUCUCCGUCGACGGCAAGGAGUACAAGCUGCGCGGGCGGGGCAAUGGCCCGCUGUCGUCCCUGUCGGAUGCGCUGCGGAGCGUCGGCGUGGACAUUGACGUGAACGACUACAAGGAACACGCCGUUGGCAAGGGCCGCGACGUCAAGGCCGCUACCUACAUAGAAUGCACGGCCGCCGGGUCAAGCCAGACCAAGGUGUGGGGUGUGGGCAUCCACGAGGAUGUCGUACAGAGCUCGCUGGUGGCACUGCUGAGCGCGGCUAGUAACUUUGUCUUGUCCCGUCCUAGCAGUCCCAUCCUGAGGAAUCUGAGCGACAAACAAAUCGAGGGCAAUGGCAAGGCUAAUGGGGCGGACAUAAUUAACCGCCUGGAGUCUGCUGCGGACGAGAUGUAA